AUGUCAAACUUGAAAUUACUGGGGACCGCCACCCCCGAAAGGGAGCGAAUGCAGCCGAUGGAUGUGUACGUCCCCGAUGAGGAGGAUGACUGGACGAGCGAUGCAUACAAUCGGCUUAACGGUGACGUGAGGCCACACAGGGCGUGUUACGACUGCCCUGGCCACCGUGUACUCACUGCCUGCUUCUCUGCUCUUUUGCUUCUCCUGAGCGUCGCUGGUUCCAUCCUAGUCGCAGUUGUGGGAAGCCAAUCGGAGAGGCUGGGGCCCUGUCGUAACUGCGGGACUCUGCUCCUUUCCCUGCUGGUCCCUGGAAUAUUUUUCUUGUUUGUGGGACUUGUGGGCGCAAUCUCAGCAUGGCGAGAGACACAGUUCUUUUCUGUAUUAUUCUCUCUACUUCUUGCAAUGGCUGCCUUUGUUCUACUUUGGGCGGGCUUGCUGCUUGCAGUCCUGUACCUUCAAGUAGAUGCAUCGAGUAGUUUCUUGGCCAUUUUCUGGGAGCACACUGUAUCAAGCGUCCCAAGCGGCAUAUGCGACUUGCAGGAGUGGCUGCAGUGUUCAGGGUUUGCCACUUCGCAGUGUUGCGUCAGCAAUGUGACGGCGGCAGAGUUGCACAACGUCUCUCCCUGUUAUUUGGUCGCCAAGGACGGCGUGACGACGCUAGACCCGCAUACGAUGCAGCCAGUUUCCUGGCCGUCGCGUGCCUGUGCGCCCACCUGCGCUUCGUCGAACGUUUACAACGCCACAUGCCAGGAACCCCUUGAAAAUGUUGCCGGGAAAGUGCUUCCACCCACGUCUGGUGGACUUUUUGCUCUCGGAUUCGUGCUGCUCGGUUUUGCUGCUCUUGCCGGGUACCGUGCCUCUACCAAACUUCGCCGAUCGUUUUACUUACGCUACGAGUACUGA